UACAAAUAAAGGGAAGUAUUCUUUGUUCCAGUUACUUGUGACGGAUAAUUUUGGUCGUGGACGACCAGUUUUAUUUGCGUGGACUAGAAAAGAAUUCAAACGAGAUGUAGUUUGGAUAUUAGACUGUUUCCGUCAAAUAAUGGAAGACACCUCCAAAACAGAAUCCUUCAUUAUGGAUUGUGCGCAAGCUGAAAUAGCAGCCGUCAAGUUAACGCACAGACAAGCGCACAUUGUUUUGUGUUCUUUCCAUGUUUGCCGAGCAUUCUGUCGGAAAUUAACCAUGUGAUGCAUAAUUGCAAACAGUGGACGUGGUCACGCAACUUGUUCGCAUCUCAAAGUACGUCAGCAGUUAUCCCUCGAAAUCGAAGUGACAUAUUCAAUACCAAAAAGAGGAUUAUCAUUGCGGGUAUGAACAGAAUUAAUGACAAAUUUGGAGAAGUGUUUGCCAAUACUUAUGCAGACGGAGUAAUCGCAGGAAUCAAUCGUGUUCUUAAUAUGUAAAUAAACUAAAUUUGUAUCAUAAUGAAAAUAAAAUUUUC